UGCUCCGGCCGGUGAUCCUGUAGAAGACGAUGGCCGUGCCGGGACCUCCUCUGCUCCGACUCCUGUCUCUGUUGCUGCCGCUGCUGUUGAGCAAGGCAUCCGUGCCUGCAGCUGCAUACACGCUAACACCCGGACGACACCCACAGCAUAAAGUCCUCCACCUGGACUGGCCCAAGGAUUGUGGUAUGGCCCACUUCAAGCCCAACAUGGCUGAGAGGAUUGUGUCUGGGAACGAGGCCAGACCUCACUCCUGGCCCUGGCAGGUCUCUCUGCAGGUUCGGCCUAGAGGAAGCAAACAUUACAUUCACGUCUGUGGAGGAACUCUCGUCCACAAGAACUGGGUCCUCACUGCAGCUCACUGCUUCCAGAAGGGUAAAGCCGAGGACGCUGGGAGCUGGAGGAUCGUCCUGGGGAAGCACCAGCUGAAGCGUUCAGAGAUGGCCGAGAGGAUUUUCCCGGUCAAAAGGAUCUACCGGCACGAGAACUUCCGCUACCCGACUCACAGCGAGCUGGACUACGACAUCGCCCUGGUGAAGGCCGCCACUGACAUACUCCCCUCCAACUUCAUCCGCUACGCCUGCCUGCCGCGCAAGCAGACCAGCCUCAAACCGGGUCACUACUGCUGGGUCACGGGCUGGGGAGACACCCGGGGAGGGAAGGAGAACGUGUCUCUGGCAGAAGCCCUGAAUCAAGCCCGUCUGCCCAUCAUUGAUUUCAAGACCUGCCGGCAGAAGAAAUUCUGGGGCGACCGAGUCCGAGACUCAAUGAUCUGUGCCGGGUUCAGGGACACCGAGGGUCCGCCUGCAGCGUGCCAGGGUGACUCUGGUGGCCCUCUGCUGUGCCAGCUGGGCCGGGAUCGCUGGGAGGUGCACGGCGUGGUGAGCUUCGGGCCCAUCGGCUGCACCGUGGAGAACAAACCCAGCGUCUUCACCCGCACCGCCGCCUACAUCCCCUGGAUCGAGGCGACACGCAUCAGGGACUUCUUCCUGCACUGAGCGGGAACUCCCGACCCGGGAGCCGGCGGCCAGCAUCAGCUCCGCUCGGUUAAAUGUCCGCAGACGACGUCUUGGCCUCACGGAUUUUCAGUUCAUCCAUCCAUGUUCACCGUUUCUAUAGCAACCACCCUGUAAAUACGUGUUCUGAACGUGCAGUCGUUUCCUGUUGCAGUAUAUAGACUAUGCACUACUCUGGUGGAUAGUGAACUCAGACCACAGCCUUUUACAUCCGAUCUUCUUUGUGCAAUAAAACAGCUUAAAAGCAAAAUCUUUAUGAA